UGCUAGUCCUGUGGAUUGCAUGGCAGUCCAGCCAAGUGGGACUGUACAGUACACACACAGCAGGAUUAACAUGGAGGAAGAUUAACGUGGGACUGGAGUGUCCAAACACAGAAAAGAGUGGACGAAACAAGUGCGAGAGAGGGGGGGACGUCAUACGAAGCAGGAGACAAGUGCACCGCACCAGGCAAGCCGCGCCCGGAUCGCAUCCCAGCAGCAGCCUCCGCUUCCCGGCUUGGAGCAUGGCCAGCUCGAGCAAAGCCACUUUAAUCUUGCUCAUCUAUGGAAUCUUAAUGCACUAUAGCGUCUUCUGCACACCCCUUGGACUAACUUACCCCAAAAUCAGGCUGGGCAACGACGCUUUCGACGAUGACGGCAAUUCCUUGGGCGAGCUGGGCUUCGACGGCGACCACCUCGCGUUACGCAGCGCGGCGUCCUUAAACGACGACGGCGGCGGCGGCUAUACGGUCUACUAUCCCACCGAAAAGAGAGCAGAAAGGCAUGCUGAGGAGGAAUUAGAUAGAGCCUUGAGGGAGAUCCUGGGUCAGUUAACCACGCGGCAUUAUCUGCAUUCUCUGGUGACAAUGCGCGCAGGCAGUGAGGAUAACAGUAUGGAGGACGAUAGCGAGCCACUCUCCAAGAGACAUUCGGACGGCAUCUUCACCGACAGCUACAGCCGCUACAGGAAGCAGAUGGCUGUGCAAAAGUACCUGGCAGCCGUCCUGGGACGAAGGUACAGACAGAGAGUGCGCACUAAAGGACGCCGGCUGGCCUAUUUGUAGUGCAGCCCCCACCAAACCCACCCACCCACACACACCUUGUGCGUGUAUACAGUAUAUAUGUAUGACCCCCCCCCCCCCAACCCGCAC